AGAGUAGAGUAGAGUGGAUGUAGGAGAUGUGGGACGCGGAAGCAUAGGCUUAUAUCUACGAUGGAAAAUGUUCGAGGCAUGUUUUAAAUAAACUAACCGUCGUUGCGUCUGAGAUGGUAACCACUUGUGUUCAGUGCCCCUGUCAUAUGUCACAUUGUCACCAUGAAACAGAUAUCCAGUCAUGUGGGAGGAUGUUCAUUAACCUGCUUGAUCCGGGCUUUUCUGAUAGUACUGAGUUGCUGUCACAUAUUCUGCGCUCUUAGCCAAAAGUCUGAAGGUGCCUUAAUGGUGGUGGAGUACACAGAAAGAGGAGAGGGAGCAGCUGGCGAGGAUGAAUAUGUGACGGUUCAUGAUGAUGAUGAAGUAGAAGAAGAUUUAGAGGUGGUGCAGCCUACUGAGCAGUGGCAGACACUUAAGUCAGGCCAAGCAGUGCCAGCAGGUUCCCAUGUGAGGCUGAAUCUGCAGACGGGUGAGAGGGAGGUCAGACUCGGAGAAGAGCAGAUGAAAUACUGGACACAGGAGCAUAGGGAGAAAGGAAAAGUCCAGUCAUCCUUCAGUCCUGAUGAGCUCAAACAAGCCAUGAAGAAGAUAAAGGAGGACCUGAAUUUUGCAAGCAAAGACACAGACCAUCAGGACGUUGUGGCAUCUAAGUAUCGUCCCCUAGAGGAGUUAAAGAAAGAUAUGGCUCAGCUGGACCUGGUGGUGGAGACGGACGUUCAGAUAAUGAGACGCCUGGUGGACCAGUUCAGGAGCAGCAACACAACCACUGAGCAGAGACGGAGUAUCCUGCUGGAGUUGGAAUAUCUAGUGCACCAGGUGGAUAAUGCGGAGAGUCUGUGCUCAAUGGGGGGACUCGAGUUCAUUCUAGAAGGUCUGAACAGCUCUGACUUUAGAUUACAGGAGAGCUCUGCCUUUGUCCUGGGAUCUGCGUUGGCCAGUAACCCUGUGGUUCAAGUGAAAGCUGUGGAGAGUGGUGCUCUGCAGACGCUGUUGACCACAUUGGCCACUGCAGAGCCACUAAGUGUCAAAAAGAAGAUACUGUUUGCAGUGGCCUCCCUCUUACGUAACUUCCCCUAUGCACAGCGUCACUUCUUGUCACAUGGUGGGCUGCAGGUCCUGUCAGAGCUGUUCAGGUUGGAUGGAGGAGGAAUUCUGCGUAAGCGUAUUGUCACCAUGUUGUAUGACAUGAUCAGUGAGAAGGAGCUGAUCUCUCAGGCGCACCUGGAUCCAGUUCCAGAUGUCUCCUAUGAGGAGAGGGUGCGUCAGUACUCCACAGUGUCCCUGCAGGGGGAGCUGUUAGAGAAAGGCUGGUGCAGUCUGGUGCCACAGCUGCUGGACUCGACUGAACAUGACUACAGAGAGAAAGCUCUCCGGGCUUUGUUGGCGAUGGCUUCUGUGUGUUUGGAUCAGUACCGUUUGAACAGCUCUCUGCUGAGCUCUCUGCUCUCUCUUAAAGACCAAUACCAAGAAAUGGUCCAGUCGGAAAUGAUUGUAGGAGAGGAGAACAGCUACUUUAUAGAGAUAGUAGAACUAAUAGAUGCCCUGCAAGUCAAAAUGAAAUGACCAGGAUUGUAUUUUGAUAUUUAUUACAAUACAAUGCAGACAGGAGAAGACCACAGACAGAAAGAGUCUUCAAACAUGAGAACUGCAUGCAAAUCAUGGACACAGAAUGCAUCCGUGUUGACAUAAAAGUAAUGUUUUAUUGGUGGCCUUUUUGAUGGAAUGUUUUUUUGGUUGCCUCAUAAGGUUUUGUAUUUCUUCUAACCCGUGUAAAUUGUACGUCUGUGUUUUGUUCCAGUCCAAUCUUAAUACACCACAGUUAAUACUGAAAGCAGAGGUUAUAUGUCACUUUAACCAUCCAGUGUUCCUGUUUCACUAUUUGUUACCAUGGACAUGUUCAACAGUAGAGUCACGGGGACCAGCUCCUGUUUUCAUUUUACAAUUAAAAAAGAAAAAACAAACAGCUGGGGAUACUGGAGUCACUACCAGCAUUGGCCUUUAACAACACAGCAUGUUAUAACAGCUUUUCUGCAUGGGUGAGAUUAAAGUGGAUGAAAUGCAAUAUUAUUGUGACCUGUAUUGGCAGCAAGAAUAAUUCAGCAAAUUUCCCCCUCUGUGACUUUUGGGGACUGUGUGUGACCAAAAUAGAUUCAUCAAUUUGUUUAGGAUUGUGGAACAAUAUUUCACAAGUGUUGGUAAUUUAAAAUAAUAAAAUGAUUUACAAUUCA